AAUUUUCCUGAUUUUCUAAACAGAAGCGAAUUGAAUUUAAUGUCAAGAGCUUUUGUUUCAGACCACUGCGGACACUUCUGAGGGACUGAGCACGGGGCAGGUGGAUUUAAGGGAUACCAAAGCAGCCGCAACCCGAACAAUAUGGGAAACACGGACUCCAAGUUGAACUUUCGCAAGGCGAUUGUGCAGCUGACGCAGAAGAACCAGAAGAUCGACCCCAGCGACGAGCAGUUCUGGGAGCAGUUCUGGCAGGGCCACCAGACGACGCUGGAGGAUGUGUUCGCGUUGGUCACCUCGAGCGAGAUUCGCCAGAUCCGGAACGAGAACCCGGCCAACCUGGCCACUCUGUGCUACAAGGCGGUGGAGAAGUUGGCCCAGGCGGUCGACAGCAGCUGUCGCACGCAGGCGGAACAGCAGUGCGUCCUGAACUGCGUCCGCCUGCUUGUCCGGUGUCUGCCCUACAUCUUCGAGGACGACAAGUGGCGUGACUUCUUCUGGAGCAGCCUGCCCUCGCAGGAAAAGACCAUGCCGCUGGCCCAGUCGCUGCUGAAUGCCACCUGCGAUUUGCUGUUCUGUCCGGACUUCACGGUCACGGCUACGCGGCGAACGGGUCCGGAGAAGGCCGAGGAGCUGGCCAACAUCGACAGCUGUGAGUACAUCUGGGAGGCGGGCGUGGGAUUUGCCCAGUCGCCCCCCCACAACGCCCACAUGGAGCGCAGGCGCACGGAGCUGCUGAAGCUAUUGCUGACCUGCUUCUCGGAGCCCAUGUACCGAUCCCCGCAGCAGUCCGAGGAGCCCAACAAGUGGAUAGCCUACUUCACCUCCGCCGACAACCGACACGCCCUGCCCUUGUUCACCUCGUUCCUGAACACCGUUUGCUCUUACGAUCCCGUGGGAUUCGGUGUGCCCUACAACCAUCUGCUGUUUGCUGAUACCACGGAACCGCUGGUGGAGGCGUGCCUGCAGCUGCUUAUUGUCACCUUGGAUCACGACAUGGUUGUGCAGCAGCAACUUACCCAACCCGGGCAGGCUUCCUACGACGAGGGAAACUGCGGUGACAACUUGUUCAUCAACUACCUGUCGCGCGUGCACCGGGAUGAGGACUUUCACUUUGUGCUUAAGGGCAUCACUCGGCUGCUGAACAACCCCCUGGUCCAGAAUUACUUGCCCAACUCCACCAAGAGAUUGCAUUGUCAUCAGGAGCUGCUCAUCUUGUUCUGGAAGAUAUGCGACUAUAACAAAAAGUUUCUGUAUUUUGUGCUGAAGAGUUCUGAUGUUCUGGAUAUCCUUAUUCCUAUACUGUAUCACUUAAACUACUCCCGCGCGGACCAAUCUCGAGUGGGUCUGAUGCACAUUGGUGUGUUCAUACUGUUGCUGCUAUCGGGUGAACGAAACUUUGGAGUUCGCCUGAACAAAGCAUACUCCGCCACCGUGCCCAUGGAUAUACCUGUGUUUACUGGAACCCAUGCCGAUUUACUCAUCACGGUGUUCCACAAAAUAAUAGCCACAGGCCAUCAGCGAUUGCAGCCCCUUUUCGAUUGCCUGCUGACCAUUCGUAAUGUUUCGCCCUAUCUGAAAACCCUCUCAAUGGUGGCCAGUGUGAAGCUGCUGCAUCUGCUGGAAGCCUUUAGCACACCUUGGUUUCUGCUAUCAGCACCCAGCAAUCAUCACUUGGUCUUUUUCCUGCUGGAGAUCUUCAACAACAUUAUACAGUAUCAGUUUGAUGGCAACUCCAAUCUAGUCUACACCAUAAUCCGCAAACGUCACGUGUUUCAUGCCAUGGCAAAUCUGCCAACCGAUAUGGCUGGCAUAGCAAAGUGCCUGAGUGGCCGUAAAACAGGUGGAAAGUUCAAUUUGCCGCGGGUUCCGCAAAGGAGAACGGCAGCUGUCUCCCAAGAGCUGCCCUCGGCCCAUGUGCCGGAGGAGUACAACGAAGAAGAUGAAGAUGAGGACGAGGAGGACACCAUUCAUGAAGAGCCCAAGGCCGAAGAGGAUCUCGAAUCGGAGACAGAGUCUCAUGAGCGAUCUCAGACGGGGGAGUCCCAGCCGGACGUUCUCACGGCCCAGCCAGCCGAGCCGGGAACGCUUAAGGCAUCCUUGCUGGACACACCAGGCAUCAGUCAGAUGACGGAGCGUGAGCAGGCCCAUCCAAAUGACAAGCCGCAGUCUGAGGAUUCCACAGAAAUUGUGCCCUACGACAGGUCAGCCGCUUCGACACCGACUGGCGAGCCCAAGUCCACCUCACCCACGGAGCUGUCACGGCUGUCGGUGGCACACAGAGCCAGCAUUCGCAUGGUGCCGGGCGAGGGCGAUCGAUGGGCACCCACGCCCGAGUGGAUCGUCUCGUGGCGUUCCAAGCUGCCUCUGCAGACCAUCAUGCGACUGCUACAGGUCCUGGUGCCGCAGGUGGAGAAGAUCUGCAUUGACAAGGGGCUGACCGACGAGUCGGAGAUCCUCAAGUUUCUGCAGCACGGAACGUUGGUGGGACUGCUGCCCGUACCCCAUCCCAUUCUCAUCCGGAAGUACCAGGCCAAUGCGGGGACCACGGCCUGGUUCCGCACCUACAUCUGGGGCGUCAUUUACCUGCGCAACGUGGAUCCGGCCAUCUGGUAUGACACGGAGGUGAAGCUCUUCGAGAUUCAGCGCGUCUAGGUCAGUAUGUGGACAGCAAACCAAACAGCAGCGAACCCGUAGCUCACACGCUUUGGCAUUUAUUGUAGUUAAUUUAUUUAGUGCAUAUUUCAUUCCAAAAGUCUUUGUGAAAAAAAUCAAUGUAUAAUGAAUUACCAUACCAUAUGUCUGCUUAUCGGUUCCCCAUGUCUUUCGAUUUUGUGUCGAGGCGAACCACCACCUAAAAUGAGGCUUAUCAGUUGUAACGAUAUAGCGUGAGUUCUUUUUAACUGAUUUGUUAUCGGCUUUUAGCAUUGAUAUUUAAUUGCUUUUCCUAAUUUAUUAAUUUAUGGAGCUCUCCAAAACAGUGUAAGCACAAAGUGUAUUUUAGUUGAUGACUAAAUUAUUAAACAAUUAUUGUAUUUAUUUUUGUAAUCUGUGACACAAAAUGUUCCUUGUGCCGUAUUUUUAAUACAUUGCUUUAAUAAUUUAAUACUUAAUUUAAUAUUCAUUACCUCCUGUUUUUUUAAUGCAAACCAAGAAAAUCACUGCUAUAAUCGUUUUGCAAACGCUUCUGAUAACCGUUGAACUUUAAAAUAAACACACAUAUAACUUUUCA